CAUGGCGUAGAAGCGCCUUGAUGUUUAUCUUCCUAGAUCCUGAGAUUAUCUAAGGUUUAAAGUCAGUUGCUGAAAGAAAGUGUGUUGGAAGAAAUUACAUAAUUUUAAUUUAGCAAAUAACAACUACAUUACAGUAUGGGAGGUCAUGAUCACCAUGCUUCACCAUAUAAAAUACCCAAUCCAGAUAUUUAUAAGGUUGAAGAUGUACCAGAACUGAAACGUGUUCAAGAAGAAUUAGCCAAGAAGGGAUUAAAAGAUCCAUGGCUAAGAAAUCAGGUGUGGCGUUAUAAACAAACCCAACCAGGCUAUAAGCGUGCCUUGAUAACUUUAACAAGAGGUUGGAAAAUUGGUGUACCAGCAUUUUUGAUAACUAUAGCUAUUGAACAAUAUUUUGGAAUUGACUAUUCAGGUCACGGACAUCAUGGAGAUAAUCAUCAUUAGUACUUUAAAUAUGUGAUAUAAAAAAGUAAGAAAUAUAGUAGAUUGUAAAGAGGUACAUAACUGUAAAAAUAAAUUAUAAAACUAAUAAUUAUGUAUUAA